AUGCCUCGGGCCGGCGGCCCCCGAGCGCCGCGCCCCGCCGCGCUGCCCCGCAGCCUGUCCCGCCUGCGCGAGUGCCCGGGCCGCUCCCGCAUCGUGCUGGCGCUCGGGGCCACGCAGAUGGCGCUCGGAUGCCUCAUCGUGGCCGUCAGCUUCGCCGCGCUGGCGCUCACCACCUCGGCCCGCGUCCGCCACUCCUGCCCCUUCUGGGCCGGCUUCUCGGUGCUGCUGUCAGGACUCAUCGGCGUUGUCUCCUGGAAGCGGCCCCUCUCCCUCGUGAUAACCUUUUUCAUGCUGCUCUCCGCAGUGUGUGUAAUGCUGAAUUUGGCUGGCUCAAUUCUCUCCUGUCAGAAUGCUCAGCUAGUCAACUCCCUAGAAGGCUGUCAGCUGAUUAAGUUUGACAGUGUCGAGGUGUGUGUCUGCUGUGAAAUGCAGCACCAGUCGUCCGGCUGCAGCAACCUCGGGGAGACGCUGAAGCUGAACCCGCUGCGGGAGGACUGCAACGCCGUGAGGCUGACCUUGAAGGAUGAAAUAUACUCAAUAAUUAAGAGUAAUGUUUUAGCCACAGCUUUGUGUUUCCUGGCUUCAGCCCUCUGCUGCUUGGAGGAAGUCACUGCAGAUGUGGUGGAAAUAUUCCUUCCGCAAAGGGCCCAUUCUGCCAGCCCCGCCUGUGUGACCCCUCAUGGCACCAUUCUCCACCAGACCCUGGAUUUCGAGGAGUUCGUGCCCCCUCUGCCACCUCCACCCUAUUACCCUCCCGAGUACACCUGUACGCCCACUGCCGAGGCCCACAGGUCUCUUCAUCUGGACUUUGCACCCUCCUCCUUCAGCACUUUGUAUGACGCUGCCAUCAACAGCCCUGGCCUGCUCUACCCCGCCGAGCUCCCCCCGCCAUAUGAGGCCGUGGUGGGCCCGACCGCGGCCAGCCAGCUCACAGUUGUAGAUCAGCAGGUGACCGAGUCCAGCUCCGGGGACCCAGAUGCCACUGCUGGCUUCAGCACGCAAGCAUCGGCAGACAGCUCGAGCCUCCCAGCAUCUGAGGGCACCACAGGCCUAGGCCUAAGCUGCCCAUCAUCCAGCGGUCCUGCAGGCACCUCAUCACCCCCACAACCUUCCCUGCGCCUGGGCCGUGCAUCUCCGGAGGGCCCCCAGAGGGGUGUGAGGACAAGGCCAGGUCCUGGGCGAGUGGCCCGCUCUGCCAGCGACCCCACCUCAUGCUCGUCCGGGCUGGCAGGUGACAGCCCCUCACACACACCCUCCUGCAGCCGGGACCUUGAAGCAGGACUGCCCCGGGCUGCUCUGAGGACUGUUUCCCUGUCUCACUCUGUCAUGGCUGCUUGUGCUUGUCGGUACCAGCUUUCUUCCCCUGGAGAGCCAGACGCCUGGAAAAUGGACCAGAGGUUGAAGCCAGAGGCCUUGCACAUGGUCUCCAAAGAGCGGCCACAUUCCUUAGUGGACAGCAAGGCCUAUGCAGACACUAGGGUUUUGGUGGCUAAAUUUUUGGAACACUCGAACUGUGCCCUCCCUCCCGAGGUACGGCACGUGGUGGGCGCCCUCCGCUCGGCGGUCACCUCCGAGGAGUGCCAUGUGGAGGAGGCCAUCUUCAGCGCCGGCUUUCGGGACCAGGUGUGAACACGCCGUGGGGGUAGAUGUGGACACGACAGGCCUGGUGCCAGCGUGUCCUUGCUGGAGGCUGCUGUGCAUGGGGGGACCCUGCAGCCACAGGAGAAUCUUGGGGCGGCCCAGGCAAGGAGCCACUGUCCCCUCCUUGAGGGGGGUCCAAUCAUUGUUUUUAUGGGGAUGACACUUCCUACCCAUUCCAAUGAUAGAGAAUGAUUCCAUGUCCAUUGUGAACUGUUGGGUUUUGUCAGGCAUGUAGCAGCUUGAACACAGCGUUAGAGGAGCACAGUGACAGGUGACAUGUAACUAAGGACACGGUGUAUCUUCAGAAUUAGGGUCAUCAAAAAGCAGGCUGCUCACCCACCUCCGAUUUAGUUGAGAGAUUAAGUGGAUGGAGGGUGACAUCAAGUAAGGAGACCGUUUUCUUGUGUGGUCUGGGUCACUCAAUACCAACCCUUUAUCACAUGCUGGCUUUAAAGAAAAUUGGUACUUCUAGCACAGAGGGCAGCCUGGGCCUAACUUCCUAUGCACAAGGCUACAGAGCUAUUGUGCAAACACAUAUACAAUGGUGGUGGUGGUGGGGGGGGUGUCUCUGCUGUGGUCUGGCCACCCCAGGAAGCAGACAGCUGUGCAAGAGGCUUUACGGGACUCCAAUCCCCCUGCCUCCCCUCUCUGCCCUCCCUCCGUGGGUUGCCUUCUGCAUUUCCUGGCGAUUCCUCUCUGGUGGGCUGUCUUCAGUCCCCCACUGCUGAAAUGGUUUGACACCUUUACUUGUGAGUUGUUCCAUAAUAGUAAGCCUCUGUGGGGGGUUUCCCCUGUAUCUGCCCUCACCAGGCUGAUGGGCAGAGGUCUGGGGGAAGAGGUGGUGUUGCCAGGGUGUCUGAUGACCCACAGCUGCCCAUCCCCAGCCAGGCAGCCACAGCCGUGUGAGUGAGAGGAUGCAGACUGUAAACCAUUUCUCUCCAUGUGUAAGACAACCCCUGAGUGUGCAGGCAGGCCAGACUCCCCUGCAGCAGCUGGGGGGCCCAGUGACCCCCAUGGCUGCCCUGCCAUGGCCCUGGACAGCACUGGACUCAAGAAGUUUCUGCAGCCAUGGCAGGUCUGUACCUGUGCUGUCCCAAACAGCAGCAGCUAGUACCUGACCUGUAACUGUGGCUGGUGCCCCUGCAUUGGAUGGGGCAGCGCAGGGCCCACAGCUCUCAGCAAAGAGCCCACAGGCCUGGCACAGGGAGUGCAGGGGUGGGAGCGGACAGGUGCCUGCCAAGGCUCAGUGUCCAGCAGUCGGGGGCCCGUGCCUCCCUUCCCUCUGCCCCUGACUGUAGCCAGUGUGCUGGGGGUCUGUCUGGGAGGCUGGAAGCUAGGGAGGGGGUGGCAGGGAGGGUUUCCAGAUGCCAAGCCCUCAGAGAGCUGGGGUGUGGGAAGUCUCUGGGCAUGGUCAGCCACAGACAUGUCGCUUCAGGAAUGUUCCUGGUCAUUGCCUCCCAGAGGCGAGAGCGCUGGGAACAUACCAGUCAGGCCUUUUGAUGACAGCCAGAACUUUUCCACUGGAGAUAUCCCAGAGAUGAAUUUAUGAGCACUUUAUCCAGAUGCUAAAACAGGAAAUCUAUUCUCUGUUCUCAACUGAGGACUUCUGAAGUCCUAAAAACCAAAUCCCCUUGCAGGUGAACUUAACUGAUGGUUUUUUCAAGUAGCCUCCCCUGAGCUGCUGGCAAAGCAUUAAUAGCCCUGAUGUCCUGGCCUCUCAGUCAUGGUGUUUUUCGGUGCCUCUGGGGUGGCAGCCAGGGCUCAGCAGGCUGCCAGCGUUUUGCCUAUUUGCC